GAUGUAGUUACGCACAUUUCUUUGUUGUUAUGUUUAGAUUUGGGUGUCUUUCCCGGUGGGUCUUCAGAAAUUUACGACAAAAUUAUCCUGUCAGCCGUUGGUCGCCACUCCAGACAGAAAGGCAGAGUGUCAGGUGGUCGAGAGCGGAUAACCCUGAGGCACAGCGUCUGUCUUCAUUUGUGUGAGAGAACGGGAGAAGGAGCACCGCAAAGCCUGAGAGCAUGCAUGGAGAGACCGUCCCUCUUUGCCAAGAGCUGAAAUGUUCGGGUUGAAGACCGAGGAUGUUAUAUUAAAUCAGCGGACUAUUUACGUUCAAGGCGGGGGCAGUAAGAGCUGGUUGACACAAGACUGUUCGUGUGGUUUGAUACUUGUCCCAAACUUAAUCCAGAAAAAGACUUUAGUCUUAUCAGCAUCUCCCCUAUUCUGUUAGAUUCAGCCUUGUGGAACCAAGCCCAGAUGGAGUGGUCACUAGAGAGUGUGAGGGAGAUGGUGGCUGGAGGGAUGCAGUCUGUAAGAGAGUGUGAGGUUUGUGCUUGCACUACAGUGGCGUGUGUCCUGCUGUUGUUUUUGUGGUACUGCUACAGGGUAGGCCGUGAUCAUAGCUCUACUCCAUUGCGGGGAAGGUAUCUGACUGGGCCCGGCAGGAUCGGAGGGGUGGUGGGGGGAUUCAUUGGCUCAGACUGUCGUAAUAGGAGCAAAGGGAAACCUGGGUCAUUGUUAGAGGAGCAGAAUGGCUUCGCUUUCUGCCAGUCGUCCGACUGUUUCCGCUGCACCAGUGCUGGAGAAAGUCUGAAUCAGAGGCUCUAUCACAGCCUGCAGGAAUACGCCAAACGUUACACCUGGUCAGGUAUGGGGAGAGUGCACAAAGGAGUUCGUGACCAAGGCCGAUACCUUAACAGCCGACCAACCAUUCAGCGGCCUGAGGUCUUUUUCCUCCCUGACCUACCGUCGGCUCCUUUCUUCUCCAGGGAAAUUCAAAGACAUGAUGUGGAACUCCUGGAGCAGAGCUUCCCUGCCCUUCUGGCUGAGUUUGAGAGCAUCUACAAUCAACCCCCAGCCCGCAGCGGCUCCCCCCUGCCACCGGGAUGGAAAGUCAACAACACUCCUCGUGGCCAAUGGUGGACCUACUACCUGGUCAACCAAGGCACCCCUCUGGUACUUAAUGUCAGGAGGUGUCCACGGGCCUGGAGGGUGCUAAGCCAGCUGCGCACUUUCAUUGCCAACAACGUGUUCGGAAAUGCCUGCUUCUCUGUGCUGUCACCGGGAGCUCUCAUCACUGAACAUUAUGGUCCAACAAACGUGCGGCUGCGCUGCCACCUGGGUCUCCGAGUGCCCUCCUCCUGUGAGCUUGUCGUCGGUGGAGAGCCACAGUGCUGGUCUGAGGGAAGCUGUCUGCUUUUUGAUGACUCUUUCCUCCACAGGGCCUUCCACGAGGGGGUUGCAGAGGACGGCCUUAGAGUGGUCUUCAUGGUUGACCUCUGGCACCCAAAUGUGGCCGCCGCCGAGAGACAAGCCUUAGACUACAUUUUCACUCCAGGCCGCUUAGAGGAGAAGGAAGCCAAAUAGGCGAACAUACUGUAUGUGAUGAGUCAUGUCCAAGCAAGAGGUAGAGGGCGUGCGUGUGUGCUGCAGAACAAAUGUUUCUCUCUGCUUUCAAGACCAGCUCUCACAUUCACCGUGUGCUUCAUUUUCUUUUUCAUGUCUCUCAGAGCUCAACUGAGUAGCUGCACAAUUAUUGGCCCCAUGUCUGUGUUAAACACAACCGCAUUUAACAGCACAUUUUGAUAUAUUUGCAGUGAGUGCCAGAAGUAUUUGGACAGUGACAGUGGUUUUAGAAGUUUUGCCUUUAUACACACACCACUACAAAGGAUUUGAAAUAAAAUGUGAUGCUUUCAGUUUUCAGUUGAGAGGUUUCACAAAAAUAUGACAUUUGCUGUCAUUUUUAGCAAUUAAACCAGACAUUAAACAGAAACAUACUGUGAAAGCAACUUAAGUUUUUGAAGGCACACACAUACAUUCAUUCAUCUUCCAUACCACUUAUCCUCACAAGGGUCACGGGCAUGCUGGAGCCUAUCCCAGCUAUCUUCAGGUGAGAGGCGGGGUACACCCUGAACUGGUCGCCAGCCAAUCGCAGGGCACAUAUAAAUAAACGAUCAUUUGCACUCACAUUCACAUCUACAGUCUAAUUAACAGGGUUGUCAAACUCAAAUUCAUGGUGGGCCAAAAUUAAAAAUUGGAACAACGUCACGGGCCAAACUCAAUAUUUAAUGAAAAAUCACUGCGAUGUGUAGAAAUGUAGCGUUAAAGUUUAUCAUAUGACAACAAACUUAAAUUUUGCUUAAACACUGAAUCUGGAAUAAACAAACUUUAAUAUUAUAAACACGAGAAAUCAAAUUUGUGAUAAAAGACAUCAGUGGUAUUUUUUGUUUUGUAUUUAAAUAGAUAACGUGAAUUCUUCUGUCUCUCCAUCUUCUAUUUAUCUAUCUACAACUACCUUUCUCUUUGAUGUAAAUCUUUUUUCAAAGGCCAACAACAAAACAACCCAAAAAAAUAAGAAUGUCCUUCAGUAAAAAUCCAAUCUUCAAACUAUUAACAAUCCAUGUUGAUAAAGGGCAUUAAAAAAAAAAAGAUUUAUUCAAUUAUGUUAUAUUCUUUGUUACAGCCACGUUGCUGCGCACACGACAAACAGGUCUGUCUUUUACUUUAGUGAACAGACAAUCUGCCUCCCAGCUGUCUUGGAAGUUAACCGUUUUCCAUCUUUCGUUUGGCCACUUUUGGGAAGGGGGGGUGUAAAUUUGCUCGAGGAGACUGGUAGCAUAGUCGCUAAUGACUGUAACAGAAAGGGAAGGGGCGCUCGCCGGUCUAGACUGAUGGGCCAACACACGAGCAAACCAUUGUGUGAUUUGUAAUAUUAGCGGUGCAUCUGCUAUAUACUGAGUGGCCAGCUCUAGUCCACAUUUGAUAUGGUCUUGCGGGCCAAAUAUAAUUACAUCAUGGGCCAAAUUUGGCCCCCGGGCCUGAGUUUGACAUGUACGGUCUAAUACAUUUGUUACGCACUAUAUUCUGUAAUGAACGGGUAAGUGGCAUAAUCUCAAUAGUGCUUGUGUUUCACGUACUGACAACAAAACUAAAUGCGGACCAGCAAACAAACAGAAAGUGAAGGCCUGGCAAAGCAUCUCCAUGGAAGAAACAUUUGGUAAUGUCCAUGGACUCCAGACUUCAGGUGGUUAUUGACUACAAUGUGAACCCUCAUAAAUUCUGGAAGUCUUCUUGACAUCUGGACUGUUUUAUUUCAAAUCCAUUGUGGUGUCUAUUCACACAAAAUACUGUACCUCAAAUCUGUUCUCCAAAUAUUUCUGGAUCUGCAUCACUGGUCAUGCCAUGCAGGGCAAUGUUUGCUUCUUUUUUUAAACAUCUAAUUUUUUAGGAACUUGUCAAAACAGUCAAUUUUUGCACUAAUCUGUAAAGCAGUGAUGUAAAACACCUAUGAAAUCCACAAGUGGAGAUGAUUACAUUUGAUAUUUAACUGAUAAAGCUAACGUCUAAACGAGAUGUUUGUACCACUUGUCUCAUCCAUAUACGGUCGAUAACGUCAGUCAUCACAUGAAUGUUUACAGAGCUCAUGCGGCUGAGGUCAUGACUCUUGCAACUGUGCUUGCCUAUUGCGCUCAGUCCCCACCUGCUUGUAAAAGACACGGUUGAAUAAGCACAUUUAUUUUUUUGUUAGAUUGUAUGAGUCAAACUGUGCAGAUACAAUGGAGAUGAAUCGUGUUUGUUAAAUUUGCUAAAUUAUGGUAAUGUGGUUGUAUUUGAUAUUACAUUUGUAUUCUUGUAAAUAGAUAAAGAGUUGAGGUUAAACCGGGGGGGAGGUGGGGGGGAAUGGCCUGACGUGUUUAGGAAUAAUGGUCUUCGAUGCUAACUAUCGUGUUGUCGAGUUAUUUAAUUUGCCGGCUGAAACACUUUGUUGAUUGAAAAAUUUAUUCUGUAAAAUACUUAUGAAGUGGACUACGCUACUGUUCUAUUUGAUUUAUGUUAUGCAUGACCUGCAAACAUCCAUAAUACAUUUAUAUAACUUGAAUCCAUACUUAUCGGUACAUACAUUAUACAGUUUGUGUGCUGUUUAAAAGGGCCUUUUUUUUUUUUUUGCACAUCAAAAGUAAUCUCAAGCAGCUUUAUGUGUUGUUUGCAAUAUAACACUGAUGUUUACAAUGUCUGAGAACAAUGACACUCACAUUGAGCUGUCUUUUUUACAAUUUGGAUUUAACCUUAUGAAGAAGAGCCUAAUUCUCAAAGCUCGUUCUUUAGACUUGAUGGCGGAACGACAACAAUGUGUUUACAUUUGGAUUAGGACCGGUAACAAUCUUGAACUCGCUUGUAAAGACGUUACAGCGACCUCUUCUGUCUGAAUUGAUAAUUACAGGACACUGGUGCCUAGUGCUGUUGCCAUCCACGUGGCAAGGAACUGCAGAGAGAAACUAUUUAAAAGACUGACAUUGGGGUGAUUUUUUUUCUUUUCUUUUUUUUUUAAUGUUAAAGUGCAGCAGUCUGAGCUUUCUGACUGACUUAGCAGGAGAUUUUGAAUAAUGCAUGUGGGAGCAAAGACAUGGGUCAGUCACAGUGCCUUCAAAGGUCUUUAAAAACAACUUGAAAUUUAGUAUGUCGUAUGAUGUUAAUGUGUGGUGGGUUUUAGCCAACAACAGUUUGGUGGGAAUAUCAACCAUCCAUUAACCAUCAAUGUUGGUCUUUUUAUGCUGUUCUAUUGAAAAUGUUCCUAUUAUGUUGCUUCCUUGUGUGGAUUUUCAACAGUAUUUCUGUACAUUUAAUAAAUGGUCAAGAACAUGACUGUAUUAAACGA